AUGGCUCUUGCAACGACCGCGGCGGUCGCUGCCAGCGGCUGGGCCGUUGCUGCCUAUCUCGAUGCAAAGUACCAUCUACGAAAAGACCUUGGUACCGUCGCUAGGCUCAGGCGCGGCCAAAAGGAGUACGCCCGCGCCAUCAAAGAGGACAAAGUCAACCUGUGGUAUGUUUUCGAAGACCAAUGCAAGAAGAGCUGGAAUGAUCAUGCCAUCUGGUCGAGAGUGGGGGUGUACACCUUUGGCGAAAUGUAUGAAGAAACCGUCCGCUAUGCCCAAUGGAUGCUCGAGGAGGGUAUCAAGCCAGGAGAGUUGGUAGGAGUCUAUCUCACCAACUCACCCGACUUCAUGUUCGUUUGGUGGGCAUGCUUGGCCGUCGGCGCCGCUCCCGCAUUCAUCAAUUACAACCUGGAAGGGAAAGCUUUACUGCACUGCUUGGAUGUUUGCGAAACGAGGUUGUUGAUCGUUGACCAAGACCCGGGUUGUCAAGCGAGAAUCAGUGACAGCCAGGCCGACAUUCAGAGCAGAGGAAUGAAGAUCGCUGUGCUCGAUAGCAAUAUGAAGGAGAGAAUCUCCUCCGAGCCGACCGUGAGGCCAGAUGACGAAUGUCGUAAGGGCACCAAGGGCAGGUUCCCUUACUGUCUGAUUUACACCAGCGGAACGACUGGACUACCCAAAGGCUGCGCGUUCACUCUAGAGCGAAUUUGGCUCAUGUGCGGCCAUGAUACGCCAACCUGUGAUGCUGUUCCCGGCAAAGACCGAUGGUACAACGCCAUGCCGUUAUACCAUGGGACUGGUGCCAUCGUGACAUCCUGCUGCUUGUUACAAGGCGUGUCUGUAGCCAUAGCACCGAGAUUCUCAGUCUCACGGUUCUGGAAUGACAUUCACGAUUCCGACUCCUCAUUCUUCGUCUAUGUUGGCGAAACGGCACGGUAUCUCCUCAACGCGCCACCUCACCCAUUAGAGCGCAAACAUAGGCUGCGCUGUGCCUACGGGAACGGAUUGAGGCCCGAUGUCUGGGAAAAGUUCCAAAGCCGGUUCAAUAUCGCGGAGAUAGGCGAAUUCUUUAACUCGACAGAAGGCAUGUUUUCAUUGAUGGUGUACGACAAGGGCCCCUUCUUGAGAGCCUGUGUUGGUCAUCACGGACUGAUUCUGCGAACGAUGCUGCAUAAAGUCUACAUUCCAGUCAAGAUCGACCACGAGACGGGGGAUAUCUGGCGUGAUCCAAAGACCGGGUUCGCACAAAGAACAUCGUAUGAGGAAGGUGGCGAGAUGCUUGUGGCGGUGCCCAGCAAGCAGGCGUUCCAAGGAUACUGGCGAUCACAAGCCGCAACGGACAAGAAGUUCGCGCUGGACGUCUUCAAGAAGGGCGACGUCUACUACCGCUCGGGCGACGCUCUUCGCCGAGAUGGUCAUGGUAGGUGGUAUUUCCUCGAUCGACUGGGAGACACGUUUCGAUGGAAGUCCGAGAACGUGUCUACGGCAGAAGUGGCCUUGACCAUGGGCCGCUUCCCAGGUAUCGCCGAAGUCAACGUGUACGGCGCGCUCGUGCCCAACCAUGAAGGACGAGCCGGUUGUGCCGCCAUCCUUCUCGAUCCCAACUACACUGGGCCACCAGUCGACUAUAUCGAGCUGUUGAAAUAUACACGGGCACAGCUUCCGCGCUACGCCGUGCCCGUCUUCCUGCGCAUAGUCAAGGCCAGCACGCACAUCCAUAACCACAAACAGAACAAAGUCCCGCUCCGGAAGGAAGGCGUCGACCCUAGUUUGGUCGGUACGGAGGUUCCGAAUGGCAAAGACGACGUGUUUUUGUGGGUGCCGCCUAAGGCGGAUAGAUAUGUGCCCUUCACCCCGAAGGACUGGGAGACACUGGCGAACGGGCAAGCUAGAUUAUAG